ACACAUGCGCAGUAAGCAUUGAGUGAUUCGGCGGUGAAAAGGAAGGAACCUUUACACUGUAUUAGCUAGGAGGACAGUAGUACUGACUAAACAAGCGUCUUCACUGCUACUUUGCUCCCGAGCACUGUGACAAAGCGCACCGUUUGGAUGAUGGCUGAUAAAGAGGUGUAUGAUGAUGCAGUGGAAGAGAGGGUCAUCAAUGAGGAGUACAAGAUCUGGAAGAAGAACACACCUUUCCUGUAUGACCUGGUGAUGACUCACGCGCUGGAGUGGCCCAGCCUUACUGUCCAGUGGCUUCCAGAUGUCAACAGGCCGGAGGGGAAGGACUACGCGGUUCAUAGGCUGGCUCUGGGGACUCAUACAUCAGAUGAGCAGAACCAUCUUGUGAUUGCCAGCGUCCAGAUACCGAAUGAUGAUGCACAGUUUGACGCCUCGCACUAUGACAGCGAGAAAGGAGCAGAGUUUGGUGGAUUUGGUUCAGUUAGUGGAAAAAUUGAGAUUGAGAUCAAGAUCAACCAUGAGGGAGAAGUAAACCGAGCCCGCUAUAUGCCCCAGAAUCCCUGCAUCAUCGCCACCAAGACGCCCACCUGUGACGUGCUCGUCUUUGACUACACUAAGCACCCUUCAAAGCCAGAUCCCAGUGGGGAGUGUCACCCUGAUUUGAGGCUGAAAGGCCACCAGAAAGAGGGCUAUGGCCUCUCCUGGAAUCCCAAUCUCAGUGGUAACCUCCUCAGUGCCUCAGAUGACCAUACCAUCUGUCUGUGGGACAUCGGGACUGGUCCAAAGGAAGGGAAGUCUUUGGAUGCCAAGACCAUCUUCACUGGCCACACAGCUGUGGUAGAAGAUGUUUCCUGGCAUCUGCUCCAUGAGUCUCUUUUUGGCUCUGUGGCUGACGACCAGAAACUCAUGAUAUGGGACACUCGGUCUAGCACCACAUCCAAAGCCAGUCACGCAGUGGAUGCUCACACUGCUGAGGUCAACUGCCUGAGCUUCAACCCCUACAGCGAGUUCAUCCUGGCCACCGGUUCAGCUGAUAAGACUGUUGCACUGUGGGAUCUGAGGAACCUUAAACUCAAGCUCCACUCCUUCGAGUCCCACAAAGAUGAGAUUUUCCAGGUACAAUGGUCUCCUCACAACGAGACCAUCCUGGCCUCCAGCGGCACAGACCGACGUCUCAAUGUCUGGGAUCUCAGUAAAAUCGGUGAGGAGCAGUCAGCAGAGGAUGCUGAGGAUGGCCCUCCAGAGCUACUGUUCAUUCAUGGUGGCCACACAGCCAAGAUCUCGGACUUCUCCUGGAACCCCAGUGAACCCUGGGUCAUCUGCUCGGUAUCUGAGGACAACAUCAUGCAAGUCUGGCAGAUGGCUGAGAAUAUCUACAAUGAUGAGGAACCAGACAACACCCCUGCAUCAGAGCUGGAGGCACAGGGCUCAUAACCCUGCAGCGCGUAACCCUUCCUCUCCUACCUGAAGCUCCAGACCCGGCCCAGCCUGUCAUUUCCCUCUCUGGCUUAUCAAGCGAAAUGAAACGUCUGCUCUGUGCAUGAAUGAACUAUGUGGAAAGUUCCAGACAGCAAGGAGGGCACUCCUCCCUGCUUAAACUUAAAACAUGAACCAGGUCCCCAAAAGCACUUCAGUGUUUGGAAUAAAUGGAAAAAGGUUCCAGCUGCUCAGGCAGCUGCUCAGGUUGUCCUAUCUCUGGCAUUUGGCGAAUGGGAACUUUGUGAUGAAAGGCCCUUUAACACACCUCGGGCAGAAAACUUCAAAGUAACUGCAAGUUCUUGUGAUGACCAGUUAAUUUUAAAGGGCUAAUGCAAGUUAAAUUUUGUUUUAAACUUGACUUCAAACCACUUCAUAGCUGACUUCUCUUAAAUUUUUGUAAGUAUGUGGGGUAUCCUAAACAAUAAAAGAUGACCUUACCAUUCCACUCUGGAUCAGAACUGUUUGACACGUUGUUCAGAUGACAAACCAAACCUCUGUGCUUACCCUGUUCCUUCACCUGUCAUCACUUGAGGCUGUUGUUUUUGUUCUGUAGCGUUAUAUUUUGCUGGUUUUUGUAGAUGUCACAUGAAAAUACAUUCCCUGUUGUGUUUAAUUCCCGUUCACAAGGUACUCUUCAGUAUUUGAAAGGUUGGGAACUGAAUGAUAAAGAUGAGAAUAAUAGUGUUUCCCAUGUUUGUGUGCUUUGUUACAAAAGUUAAGCUUCAAUGUUUCCUUUGACUCCAAUUGCAAUAAAACUUUUAUAACUUUUGAA